AGUAACUUUUUUCAAUAAUAUUUUUUAAAUUGACUUCAUAAGACGGAAUUUAAUUGAUAAUGGAAAUACAUACUUUUAUCACAUUUAUACUUCUUGGUGUUGUACAGACUGCAAUUGCUACGCCACCAAGUUAUAGUAUAGAACUGGAAGAGAGUCUGAGGACCGAGUUGUUUAAGAGCUAUACAGCGCAACAAAGACCAAGCCAAAAAGUUCGAGUUGCCAUUAGAUUCAAUCUUUUAACAGUUAACGACUUGAAUAUAAAAGACCAGACUUUGACAUUAUCUGGAUACUUGACCAUAGAUUGGUCAGAUACCAGAUUAACAUGGGAGAACAUAACCAAUACGUCACAAGAUUAUACAAGCAUCAAUUUUCUAUUUGCCACGGAAGAGUAUGUUUGGAGACCAGCAAUUAUUAUAGAGAAUGCGGUUGAUGGGAUAUCUGUUAUCAGCGAUGAAUCAGUGCCAAUGAGGAUAGCACAAAAUGGUAGAGUUAUAUGGAACCCAGCUGGAAUAUACAAAAUUAAUUGUGAGUCUGAUACCAAAUAUUAUCCUAUGGACACACAAGGAUGCUAUUUGAAAGUCAGUGCUUGGGCAUAUACGCAAGCUGAAAUAGAACUGUAUUUCAAGGUACAACCUGUCGAUACAAGCUUUUAUGCUGAAAAUGGAGAAUGGAAUUUACUCUCUGCAGAAAGUUUUAAAGCUGAAGCGCAAACUCGAGAUGGGGAUUCUUUCUCUUCAGUGUUUUUCUUGAUAAAACUUCAACGACGUCUUCUGUUUCAUGUUGUUAACACUUUGUUUCCAGUAGCUUUGAUGGCUAUUCUGAUAGCGUUUGUGUUCAAACUGCCAGUUGAUUCCGGUGAAAAGAUUGGAUUUUCAUUAACAGUUCUCUUAUCUUAUGCAGUUUAUCUUACUCUUAUCUCGGACAAUAUACCCAGUACAUCUGUAACUGUCUGCUUUUUAUCGCUGUACCUUGCUUUCAUAUUGUUACUCGCUACUAUUGCUGUCAUUUUAACUACAUUCGUGAUAAAUCUGCAUAUGCGCACAGACGAUGAAAAAAUGUCAAACUGGUUGAAGAAAUUCACUUCAAAUUACUUGAUAAAAUUUGCGUGUUGGAAAAACAGCUGUUCCUUUAGGAAAAACAGAGUGGAUCAUAAUGGGUUGGGGAUAAACAAAUUAAUAGGCACACACCUAACAGAGAACAAUAAUCGUCCCGAUAAAGAGACCGAAAACAAGGAAGGAUGUAGAGAUAUAACAUGGAAGGAAUUAUCAGAGAUAAUGGACAAAGUAUUUUACAAUAUUUAUAUGUUCCUCAUUGCGAUAUCUACAUUCAUAUUAUUUGUGAUAAUAAUAGUUGGGUAUAACAAUCCAGACACUUCAUAAUAUGAGUGCAAGAAGACAAAAUUACAUUUUCGAAUAACAUAUAUGUCUUAUUUGUGGAUUUGUAACAAUAUAAGUAAAUGUUAUCUAUUUUUGAUGAAUCUUUAAUGUUUCUAGAGAAAUGUUACUCGUUUACGUCUUGACUGGAAUUGGACAGUUGAUGUAAAAAAUGUCACUAAUACUUCCUUAUUUUUAGGUUUAUUGGCUGCUAUUGCAGGGUGUUUUAGUAUUUUAGGACAUAAAUUAUUCUUCAUCA